GCCAGCAAUCCCGGAAGCUCAUGGUGCGGCAGCAACCGUCAAGGCGACCAUCAUCAGUUCCGCGAUCCAGCUCGCUCGUGCGCUCCAUAGGUUCUUUUGAGCUUACGACUGCCAUGAUAGAGUCGCAUUGAAACUCGCCAUCCCAUCAUGUGGCGGGACCGCACCAACCUCUUCAUAUCCUACCGCCAGUCCUACUCGCACCACCCCCAGAAGAAGCCGCGCUAUGGUGGUUCCAGCUCGAAUGGAUUCGGCGAUGGCAGACGUAUGUCCGAGGAGCGGCAGGGGCUCAUGUCCACUGGUGCUUAUGAAGAUGACGGCGAUGCGGUGAUUGAGAUGGACCUCCUCCCUCCACGCUGGCUCGACGUACAAGACGAAAUCACAGAUCACCUCGCUGAAAUAGCAAAGCAAACGCGCAAGCUCGACCAGCUGCACCAAAAGCACGUGCUCCCAGGCUUCGACGAUGAGGAUGUGAAGAAGAAGGAGGAGCGCGAGAUCGAGCAGCUCACGCAGGAUAUCACAAGAGGCUUCCAAAGAUGCCAGCAUGCCAUCAAGAGAAUAGAAAUGAUGGUGCGCGAAGCAAAGCAGCAAGGCAACAUCAAUCAAGGCGAGGAGGUUAUGGCUCAGAAUCUGAAAAUCUCCCUUGCUACAAGAGUCGGCGAAGUGAGCGCAAUGUUCCGCAAGAAGCAGUCUGCGUACCUGAAGAAACUCAAAGACCUCGGAGGCUUUGCCUCACCUUUCCGUUCAGCAACACCAGUCCAGAAUCCCUACAACGACCCUGCAAUGCAGGAUGCAGACGCCGAUCGAUCUCUUGCCCAAUCAACCUCUCUUCAAACGAAGCAGCAACGCAUACGUCGUGACCCCAACGAGACGAUGAUCGCCCAGCGUGAGCGCGAGAUUGAGGACAUUGCGCAAGGUAUCAUUGAGCUGGCAAAUAUUUUCCAGGAGCUGCAGACAAUGGUCAUCGACCAAGGCAGUAUGCUAGACCGUAUCGAUUACAACGUGGAGAACAUGAACCGAGAUGUAAAGGAGGCAGACAAGGAGCUGAAGGUAGCUUCUGGCUACCAGCAAAGGAGCAUGAAGAGGAAGGUUAUGUUGUUGCUGGCGAUCUUGAUUGCAGGCGUUUUCAUCUUGCUCUCAUUGAAGCUUGGGACUAGAGACAGCAGUUCGCCAGCGCCGGCCGCUCCAGCUGUACCAGACGAAAAGCCCCCAAUGAUGGCAUUACGGGCCAAAUAUCAACCGUCAGCAUCACUUACAAGUCGAAACUGGCAUCGACGGAAAAGACGCUUAUGGAAAGGUCUGACGGAGGAUGUUCUCGCUAUCUGAGUCUUCAUGCCGUUCUAGAUAUGUCUUAAUGCAGGGACGUGUGUUCUACUGGCCGAGCAUUCCGUAUAGUGAAUCAUGGACUGUUGACGUUGUAGUCUACGGAACCUGAGCUUUACCGAAAGACCACAGCAUCAGGUCCGGUGAAGUGAUGAUCCCUUGUAUGCUGGUCCAUACGGAGUACUGCUAUUUCGAGCACAGCUCAGCCCUCUG